AGAGUAUCGGCCACAUCAGCCUCAGUGCCCGCUGUGAUUAAGCGAGAUAACUGUGAGUGUAACAUUGUAAGAAGUUUAGAAGAAGGUCGAAAACUGAGCCGGUUCACGUGUAUCUGUUUAGUGUUAGUAAUAGUAUUGGGAACUGCUUAACCACACGAGCUCAUCGUUCAUCGACACUUUGUGCGCAGUUGAUAUUUCUUAUGUGUUAAAUAUGGCUCAACCACAACAGUCACAGACUCCAACAGCUCAGCGAGGAAUUGUUAAACAAGUACUCUCUGGUGAUGCUAUUAUCAUUCGAGGUCAACCAAGGGGAGGCCCACCACCUGAGAAGCAGAUUAACUUGUCAUAUGUUAAUGCCUCCAAACUGUCUCGUCGUGGAAACCCUAAUGUUGAUACAUCUCAAGAGACCAAAGAUGAGCCAUAUGCAUGGGAAGCAAGAGAAUUUCUGAGAAAGAAGCUUAUUGGAAAAGAAGUUUGCUUUACAAUUGAGUAUAAAGUCCCCAACUCCACGAGAGAGUAUGGUUUGGUUUUCAUUGGGAAAGAUACUUCUGGUGAGAAUAUAGUGGAGAGCCUAGUUGUUGAGGGUCUUGUUGAAGUUAGAAGAACAGGUGUAAAACCUUCAGAUAUUCAGCAGAAACUUUGUGAACUUGAGGAUGCAGCCAAGGCUGCAGGAAAAGGAAAGUGGAGUACUGAUCCAUCUCAUAGUCAUGUUAGAGACAUGAAGUACACUGUGGAAAACCCUCGGAACUUCAUUGAUUCUCUUCAUCAUGCACCAGUGAAGGCUAUUGUUGAACAUGUUCGGGAUGGAAGUACACUCCGAGUUUUACUUCUUCCGGACUACUAUAUGUUGACAGUCAUGAUCUCUGGAAUUAGGUGUCCAACUUUCAAAACAUCAGAAGAUGGGCAGACACAAGUAGGAGAACCUUUUGCUGAUGAAGCAAAAUUUUUCACAGAGUGUCGACUUCUUCAACGAGAAGUGGAAGUGAUCCUUGAAUCUGUGUCCAAUCAGAAUUUCCUUGGAAGUAUUGUGCAUCCAAAUGGAAACAUUGCAGAGUUACUACUGAAAGAAGGAUUUGCUCGAUGUGUUGACUGGAGUAUUACAUUUGUCACUGGGGGACCAGAUAAGCUGCGGGCAGCAGAAAGGUCAGCUAAGGAUUCAAGGUUGAGAAUUUGGAGAGAUUACACUCCUAGUGGACCAGCUAUUGAUUCCAAAGACAAAGAGUUCACAGGCAAAGUUGUUGAAGUUGUGAAUGCUGAUUCCCUUGUGAUAAAACUUAGCAAUGGAACUCUGAUGAAGGUUUUUCUAUCCAGCAUAAGACCUCCGAGACUUUCUGAAGAUAAACAAAGUGAAAUUCAAAAAGACAACAAAGGCCGAUCUUUCAGACCCUUGUAUGACGUUCCUUACAUGUAUGAGGCACGAGAAUUUCUUAGGAAGAAAUUGAUUGGAAAAAAGGUGAAUGUGUCUAAAGAUUACAUUCAACCAGCUUCAAACUCUUUCCCAGAGAAAGUAUGCUGUACUGUGACUGUUGGGGGACAAAAUGUUGCAGAAGCACUUAUCAGCAAGGGCUUAGCCACAGUUGUUCGAUAUAGACAGGAUGAUGACCAGAGAUCAACACACUAUGAUGAACUUCUUGCAUCUGAGAUGAAAGCUCAGAAAUCGGGAAAAGGACUUCAUAGCAAAAAGGAGACACCAGUUCGCCGUGUAGUAGACUUGUCUGGGGACUUGUCAAAGUCUAAACAGUUUUUCCCAUUCUUACAAAGAGCUGGCAGAAUGGAAGGAGUGGUCGAGUUUGUGGCAAGUGGAUCAAGAUUGCGUAUCUUUGUUUCAAGGGAAAACUGUCUUAUUACAUUUUUAUUAGGAGGCAUCAGUUGUCCACGUGGUCCUAGACCGAGUCCAGGAGGCGGCAUGUUAGAAGGAGAACCAUGGGGAGAAGAGGCCCACAAGUUUACUAAGGAACUGUGUCACCAAAGAGAGGUGGAAAUUGAAGUUGAAACCAUGGACAAAGCUGGAAACUUUAUUGGCUGGAUGUGGAUUGAUAACAUCAACUUAUCUGUAACACUAGUUCAAGAAGGACUUGCAUCUGUUCACUUUACAGCUGAACGUAGCUCGUACUACAAUGCACUGCAGAUAGCUGAAGAUGCAGCAAAAAAGAGAGGUGAUAAGAUAUGGACAGGAUUUGAGGAACCAAAAGAGGAAGAGAAAAAGGAAGAUAAUGUUGAAAGGAAGAUCAAUUACAGAUCUAUCAUCAUCACUGAAGUCCGACCAAAUCUGAACUUCUAUGCACAACAUGUGGAAGAAGGUCCACGGCUUGAGGAAAUGAUGGGCAAGCUGCGAGAGGAAUUGGCCUCCAAUCCUCCUCUCCCUGGUUCCUUUACACCGAAGAAAGGUGUCUUAUGUGCUUCCAAGUUUGUGGAUGAUCAGUGGUAUCGAGCUCGUAUAGAGAAAGUGGCUGGAAACAUUGUUCAUGUCUUUUAUAUUGACUUUGGCAAUAGAGAAGUCACAGACCCUACAAAAUUGGCUACUCUUCCCACAACCUAUCAAGGUCUUUCUCCUGCAGCACAUGAGUAUGGACUAGCGUGCAUCUCUAUGCCAGAAGAUUCGGAGUUUAUAGAAGACACUCGGUAUGCCCUAAUUCAAGACACAGACAACCGAGCCCUGCUGUUAAAUGUAGAAUAUAGGGUUGGUGGUGUCGAGUAUGUUACAUUGUAUACAUCUGAAGAUAAAGAGGACAUUUUGAAGAACUUAAUAUCGGAAGGUUUGUUAAUGGUUGAAAAUAGAAAGGAAAAGAAGUUACAGAAACUUGUCACAGAGUACAAAAAUGCUGAAGAAACAGCUCGGUGGAAAAGGUUGAACCUAUGGCGCUAUGGUGACUUUACAGAAGAUGAUGCCAAAGAAUUUGGUAUUUAAAGUGGAACUUUUUUUUGUGAGCAUUGUUUGAUAAACAGGAGAAAGAGGGCAGUUAUUCCUUUAUGUGACAAUCCACUUAAAACUUGUAUUGUGUCUUGGGAUUGUCUCUUUCUGUUAUUUUCUGUUGCAAGUAUGUCUUUUUUUUUUUUCAAUGUUAGGCAUAGACGUUUCUUUAAUGGUGGCUUCUUUUCAGGUGUUUCAAGUUUUUUAAUCAUAUAUUACUUUAUUUUUCAAUUCAAUUUGUGCAGGAUAAACUUUUCAUUAAAAUAUAUUGUAACUAGAGCUGGGUGAUUAGUGAAAUUUGAUAAUUGAUUAAUUGUCAAGUGCAUUAAUCAUUUUUCUCACAUGAGACUUGGAUGGUUAGAAUAAUCGAAAAUAGAUAUGAUUGGAAACACUAACUUUGAUUAGUUGAUUGUUUAUGUGAGUUGUGAUACAAAAUGAUUAAACUGAACAACCUUGAAUUAAUGAAUAAUAAUGGCAAUAUUUAAAUUACUUGGAUAGUUAAAAUAAUCUAAAACAGUAAUAAUUGGAAAUGCUAAUCUUGAAUAGUUUAUUAUUUUCAUGACAUUAAGUGAUUUAUCAUAAUUUCAAUUAUUUUACGCGACACUAAUUGAUGUCGUAAGUGCUCAUAAAUAAUCAAUUGAUCGAGUUCAUUGCUCAGGUCUAAUUGUAACACGUUUGUAUUGUGGUUAGCUGAAGUGGAAAUGUAACUUGUAACUUCUUUAUUUAUGAAAUUAACAUACUGAAAUAUCAACUUGAAAUUUUUCAAAGGAAAGCAUGAACAUAAUACCCAAUGAAUUAUGGUAAACAUAAAAUUUUAUGCAGAUCUCCUUAGGAUAGUGUUCUUUCUCUUGGCAUGUUUGUCUAACGUGGUCGGUGUAGAUUCUGGGGAUAGUGUAUCUUAUGUUUUUAACUCUGCCUCCUCCGUUCUUUCUUCAGCAAACCAUUCAUGAGACUCAGGCAAUCACAUUUUCUUAGUUUGUACUGGGAUUAAUUAUGAUACAUGUUAAUUUACAAAAAUUAAACAGUUACAUUUUCAUGUUGUUUCAGUGCUUGGUGUUUUUGCACCAAAAGGGUGUGUACAAAAUCUGAAAGAUGCAUACAGAUUAGACUGAGAUGUAUUUUUAGAAGUAAUUUUCAGUGAGACGCUUGCAGCAUUUAGUUUUUGUAGAUACAUGAACAGUGAAUGAAGGCACUGUCACAUUCCAGUCUGUAAUUUCUUCUCUAUGCACUAAAGCAUCACAUGAGACUAGACAAAAGUAAAUUAAAAGUCCAGCCUAGUAUCACAUUCAUACACCAACAGAAACCAAAAGAAGCUACCAUUUUCAUCUCCAUUUAUCGUCUUCCAAUCACAAAUUUCACGAGAUUCUGAUAGGAUGUUUUCUCUACAAAUUAUUAUUCCAUUCAUAGGUAUUACAGGAUUUGAAA